AUGAAGCAAAAGAUAGUGAUCAAGGUGAGCAUGCCGUGCGAGAGGAGCCGGUCCAAAGCCAUGACGCUGGCCGCCAGAGCAGAUGGGAUGAUAUCGAUGGCGAUCACCGGCGAUGCCAGGGAGAAGCUGGAGGUGGUCGGCGACGGCGUCGACCCGGUCAGGCUGGUCAGCUACCUGCGCAGGAAGGUCGGCCACGCCGAGAUCCUGCAGGUGGAGGAAGUGAAGGACAAGAAGCCCGAGGAGGAGAAGAAGAAGCCGGAGGAGCCCAAGCUGCCGCAGCCCGUGGUCGUGCACCCGCCGCCGCAAUGCUAUCCCGGAGGCUGCCACUACUACCGCCACCCGCCGCCGCCGCCGCCGCCAAUGGUCGUCUGCGAGGAGCCAAGCAGUUGCCCCAUCAUGUAA